CAGCAUAUAUAGCAACACAACAGAUUUUGUUUCUGGAUAUCGCGUCGUCGAUAUGAAUGGACUAACUCCGGGCUUAGCCUUGAAAUAUGACCUUUUUUCGAUGGAAUGAUUUAUGAUCUCAACAACACUCGGGUUUGAAGAUGGCAGUUUCUUUGGGUGAUAUCAAAGCUAAGCGCUCCCAAGCCGUUGCUCCAAGGAGUUUGUUUGGUACAGUGAUCGAAGUCACAAAUGAAGAUGACAUCCAACAUGCCAAAUCACUUCCUGUGCCUCAAAGGCAUGUCAAGAAGGACAAGCUCACCAACUUCAUGGCUCCAGAAGCCAAAGGGUUAAUGAAGAAGGAACUGGCAGAGGUGGAGAGGCAGGUCCAUAAGGCUAGAUUUGCUGAGAAUGAUCUCAAAGAGGCCUCUCAUCUUGCACUCACCUUUCAACCAAACCCUGAUACCAUUAAGACUGGAAUCCCAGACGGCGCACUGACCUUCCAACCAAAAAACAAGUAUGCUCCAUACAAGCAUGAUAUCAAGCUCCAUUCUCGGGACAUUUCCCUGACAGAACACUUCAACAAGCCGAUGGGACUCGAUGCAAACCCAGACUAUAAUUAUGAGCGUUACCGUAGGCCAUAUACCAAUGGUCAAUUCCAACAGGCAGGAACUAUCCUCGGCAAAGGGGGUGCCUUUCAGAAGCGAGAUGAUGAGUCAAAGAGCAUGCGUGAAACUUUUCCUCCCACCACAAGACGUGUUCGAAAGGCGCCUAGCCCAGGCAUUAAGCCAGGACACCGUGCAUUCCCUAAUGACACAAUCCCAGACAAUAUUCGCUUUCUACACGGGGAGGACCUAUGCAAAGAAGUGGCCAAGAGCCCAGAGAUUCUGCAGAAGGCCACCACACCUCCAUCUAAACGCAUCCCCGGUCCGCUAAUCACGGCAAAGUUUCCUCCAGUAAAGACCAGCAUUCCUUCUGAAACUGAUCCAAUGUAUGCGGCCCUUGGCACCUCCUUGAAGCAGGACAUUUUUAAUGGAGUACCAUACAGUCAUUUGAAGAGUCUUUACAAGAGUUCAUACACACAGAACAUCCAUGACAAGUCUGAUGAGGCCUUUCCUCCCAAGUUUGCCAUACAGAGGAAUGCAGACAGUAAAUGGAACGAGGAUGGUGUAAUCAGGAUGAAGCUUUACAAAGCUUGGGAUGCCAUGAUGGCAGAGAGAUUACAGGCCAAGGGAGGUGGAGCAUCCUAGAUGAUACUAGCUGGUAGACCAUAGUUACAGACACCUUUUAUGUACAGGGUAUGGGUUACAGUAGUUUACAGGCUCAGGUCCUUGUCACUUGACAUGUACAUGUAGGACACUGCCUGUGAACAUCAUCGUACUGUUGCUUGCAUGAGCACAGUUGGGCUAAUCAGUGUGCUAUGAAAGUAAUCUAUUUUCAAAAAAGAAUCUGUGCCUAUAUAAAAUCAAGUAUCAUUUAUAUUUCCACCAUUUCUGAAGCUUCAGUGUGUGCAUCAUGCAGAAAUAAUGUUCCUUCAUUUAAAAAAAAAAAAUUCAUUUAUCAUCUGCACAAGUUAAACAGUGGCAGACCGUGACCCGGAGGAGACAAUUUGUUGGAGGGGCACUGUAUUGUUUGUGAACAAUGCUGUGCCCCUCUAAUGCUUUGUCUCCUCCGGGUCACGGUCCACCACUGAAUUACAAAAUAGUUUUGUUGUUCAUGCUCAUACUGAGGUAGGUCUGUCGCUGCCCCCAACCCCUUCUCCGAACCCCCCCCCCCCGCGCUUCCAAAAUUCCCCCAACAUCGAGCAGAAGUUAACCUAAAGAAAAACACGAAAGGAAGCAAGUUAUAAAUAUAUAUUUUUAAAAGAAUGGAAUGCCUGUAUGAGUUGUCGCCUUUCUCUUAAAAUUAAUUGCUUGAGCACAAAGCACUAAAAGUCACUUUUGCUAAAUGCCCCCUCCCUCCCCCCUUCUGCAUAUAUCUUUUGCCAUUUUAGAAGUCUUCUGUAGUCUCAUCUCCUGGGGGGGUUCAGGGAUAUUAAAAAUAAAGAUGCUCGGCGAAUGAUGAUAUGUAACAACUUUAUACAAGUUUCAGCUUUCAAACUGUAUAUUUACUUGGAUAAUUGAGUCCAUGCAUAUUAUUGGAUUAUUUAUACAAUUUGUUUCCUUUUAUAUUAUUUCUUGUCCUUUCUUUUUGUAUAAAAUUUUCUGCCUCGAUAUCCUAAUAUCAUCAUAGCCUGUAAUAUAUACAUGUGAAUGUGAUAGGUCUAAAGAGUUAUAAUUGGUUUGAUCCAUUGAAUGGAUAACCAUUUGAAUUUAAGAGUUAUCUACUUUAUUCUUUGUCAAUCUUUUUCAAUCGUCAACCCUGAUUGUUGAUACCUGGUUACAAACUUCAAUGUAUCAUAGCGAAAUUUUUAUCUCAGGGCAACUGCUUGUAUAUUUUCUAUCACAUGUGUAUAGAUUAAACAGUGUUUUUAGGGGGAAAAUACUAUGUAAAUAGAAGAGACCAUUACAGAUUCCAGAUUUUUGAGGAUUUUCCAAACCAAAGGUAAUUUUGCUGUUCAUGUUGGUGCAUAUUUUAUAUGAAUUUUCAUUUCCUCAUUUUGUAAGUGCUAUGUAUAAAUUCAUGUCUUAUUUAAUUACACCGAGAAAUGUAAUCAUUGGUUUAAAUAUGUGACAAUAAUUAUGAUGAUUAAACAAUAAUAUAUUUUCUUACUCAUAUGGGUAGUAUAGAUCAUGUGCUGAGUAAUCAUUAUGAUAAUUUAUUGAUUAUAAUAGUGAUAUCAAAUGAGAUUAAGAUGCCAAAUCCAUCAAUCUUUAUGGUGUAUUGGUUCUGAUUCUCAUCUUCCAAUCAGUGGGUCAGGGGUGCAAAUCAUGCUCCAGACAUAAACUUAGUUCACUAAGAAGUCCAUCACGUCUGCUCCUCUCAGCACAGGUGAGUAAUUAAAUGCACAGUAGGAUAUAAAAAGCUUCAUCACCUAGAUGUGGCUUAACAGCUGCUAAGCAUACAUUCGAUAUAUAAUUUAACUUGUCAGGUGCAGUAGACUAUUGUAAUAAGCCUAUGUGGGCCCGAAGAUCUGUGCUAUGGAACAUAGACAUUAUGUAAUUGACUGAGAUUUUCAUGUAUUUCUUCUGUGAUUGUGAAGGGUCAAUGUGCAUUUUGGUUAUUGAAUAAAAAAAUGUAUGAAGUCAGGGCUGGCACAAUAGAUACCUUUGUUUCAAACAUAAUUUUUUUAUAGAUUGAGCAUAGAAUCAAUAGAAAGUGACAGAAUGAUUUAAAUAUUCAUCAGAUGUGCAGAUAGAUUACUCUUUUAAUAACAUCAUGUUAAGCAGGGCCUGCUGGUAGAACAAUUUUCAGAACUAAAGUGGCUUCCCAAGGUAAAAUUUUACACUAUAGGCCUAUUAUUAUUAUUUAUUUUUAUUCAUUUCAAUAGAGUCAGUCUCAUUCUUAUAUGCCCAAGAUUGUGUUGGCUUUCUGGAAUUAUAGUUUACAAACUAUUUGAAUUGUAAAUAUUUUGUUAACUUUGUGUCAUUCCUUAUUGGUUUUGUGGUAGGCACUGCCUGCUCACUGCUGGCAUCUUAACACAUUUUUGUUUCUAUCCCCCCCCCCACCUAUAAAUAGGAAUAGUAAUUCAUAAGAUAUUCUUUUAAGUGUAACAGCCAUGUCCACAACAUUGUAUGCCCUCAGUGUUUAAUAUCAAUUUCCAUAAAUUUGUAUGUUACUUUGGUCUGCAAAGCAGAUACUUUACAUAAAUGUUAGAUGGAACAAAAUUUAUUCAGAAACAUGUUAUUUAUUGGAGUAAAACAUAUGUAGUCAUCUUUUUUUUUAUAAAUUCCUGUUUAUUUUUUUACUGGUUUAAAGUAUUAUCAGCUUAGAUCUAUUUGACAGUGACUGAUUGCAUUGUUUUAUAAUAUAUUUAUUCAACUUUGUUUCUAUUAUUGUUUUAUAUGAGAAAUGUUGUAUAAAAUAAUUCUAUUUUCCCCCUCAGGUAUUAAUGUUCAACCCAUGCAUAAUUUGAAAUUUAUUCAAUUUUGUCGUCCUCCGUCGAUAUAUUGCAUCCACACUUGAUCAUGAAAAAAAUAAUGUAAUAUAGUUAUGCUUAUCUUGCAGUAUUAGUUGAGCUAAUCAUUUCUUCAGAAUUCCCACCUCUGUCACAAUAUUUUGAAAAGUAUUUGGUAGGAAAUAAAACAUUUUUUAUAAUAAUUAUCAGCUCUUGACAUGAGUAGUAAUUCUCUCGUUCUCCCUCCCCUAUUUUUUUUCUUCUCUGUCUCUCUCUCUGCCCUAUAUGAAAUAUGUAAUGUCAAUGUACCAGCAUGGUGUGUGUACUGUUAUUAUGCAAUGUAUUCCAUUUUUAUCAUUUUAACUACAGUAUUAUUCUGCUGAAUAAUAAAAGUGUACAUAUUUUUGGUACGUAA